AAUGUUUAAUUCAUUACUGAAUGUACACAACUGGGUCAAGUUUGUAAAUGUCAGUUUAUCAAGUCCAAGGUCAGAUCACUCAAAAUCAUCUCCAUUUAAUUAAAGCAAGCCACAAGAGGUUCAAGCAAAGGUCUAUCAUAAUAUGUUAUUUAUUAUGAAUGUUUAUCUCUAUCAAGUCAAGUAGCUGGUGUCAAGUUCAAGGUAUUUAUUCCUGUAAAGUUGCAAUGUGACUGACAUGUUCAAAGUCCACCAUGUUUUGCAGUUAAUGUUCACUUCUCUAUUGAAGAUAUAUAGACCAGCUAUUGUACUUCAAUUAUGCAAGUAUUAACAGGAUAAAAAACAAAUUGGAUUGAUUUUGACAUAAUAGGAAUACAACAUGCGUAUAAUGUAUUCCAGUGUAGUUUAAAAUGGAUACAUAUAAAUUACACCUGAGAAAUAACUUAAGUCUAAACAUACUUAUUGAGAAUAUCAAAACAUCAUGUCUGUCAAAGACCCAAUAAUUGAACUAGACUCUGGGACAUCUCUUAAGGGAACUAUCGUCUAUGCUGCCAAACCUCUUAGGCCUGUUUAUGCAUUCUUGGGUAUCCCCUAUGCUGAACCUCCUAUUCAUAAACUCAUGUUUAAACCACCACUACCAGCAAAAUUGUGGAAAGGUGUUAGAGAUGCAAGUUCCUUUGGACCUGCUUGUCCACAAAACAUGAGAGUGACACAAAAGGAUAACUGGCCCAUACACAUAAAUGAUGAAACAUCAGAAGACUCCCUGUUCUUGAAUUUGUGGACCCCAGAUAUAAGUACAGCUGCAAAUCUUCCUGUUGUCUUCUGGAUCCAUGGAGGUGGUUAUAUACAAGGUUCUGGUCAGAUCUACCAGGGCACAGCUCUCUGCAAUUUUCAUGAUGUUAUUUUGGUAUCCAUUAACUACAGACUGGGAACAUUGGGCUACUUCACAACUGGUGAUGCAGUUGCCCCUGGAAACCUUGGAUUCCUUGACCAGAUUGAGGCUCUCAAGUGGACACACAGACACAUACAUAAGUUUGGUGGAGACAG